AUGACCGAUCCCAACGACGCCAUCGAAAAGAACUACGCGACCAACGCCUCCGGCUACGACCAAUUCAUAAACCUCCCGCUCGGGGCUCUGGAACAACAACUCUUCUCCCUCUGCAUCAAAAAUUGCCACGGCCUGAAAGUGCUCGACCUCGGCGGCGGAACCGGAAACCGGGCUCGUGAUGCUAUCGAAGCCGGCGCCACGGAUGUCGAUGUUGUGGACAUUUCUCCCGAUAUGAUGCGUCUCGGCGAGGAGUACGAGAAAUCGCUCCGGCGGGAUGUUAUCAAAUGGUAUCACGGCGACGCUUCGAAGGAUCUGGAGCAUUUGGGGUUGGGGCCGUAUGAUCUGGUCAUUGCGAACGGAGUGUUUGAUCAUGCGCAGAAUGUGGAGGAGCUGGAGGUGAUGUGGCGGAAUUGUGCGAAGUAUUUGAAAUCUGGAGGGUUGGUUAUUGCGAAUCGGAAUAACCCAAAGUCGAAGGCGGCAGCGAGUGGGAAAUAUGGUGUUCAGCUUGGGAAGUUUGAAGAGUUUGAGGGGGGCUUUUCGUAUAAGUAUCGGAUGUUGAUGGAGCCGCCGUUGGAGUUUGAGUCGAUGGCUUUGGAGCCGUAUUAUGGAGGGUCAGAGGAGAUAUCGGGAAAGUACUUUGAGGGCUUUAAGGCGGUGCCGUGGGAAGAGACGGAGAUUGUGAGGAGCAAUCCUGAUUUUUGGAAAGAGUAUUUGGAAGAUCCCAUAUUGUAUAUCUUCACGGCAAAGAAGAAGGCAUGA